CGUAUCAAUACCAGCAUCGGAACGUCCGCUUGAUUCGAAUGAUGGUGAAAGCGAAAUCAAGUCUGAGUCAGAAUCGAUGAUUCCGCAAGUGGAAUCAGGUAGUAGUUGUGAUAAAUACUCCAGUAGAGAAGAGGGGGAUGAAUUAUCCACAGAAGAUACACAAUCCACGAAGUUUGCUCCACCCACGUGUCAUUUAUGUAGCCAACUAUUCACUUCACGACAGACAUUAUACGUUCAUGUCAGAGAGCAGCAUUCCGGCGAUCGUCGACUACAUAAGUGCGGAGUAUGUCAGGCAACAUUCAAGCGGAAGGGUCAUUUGGAGGAUCAUAUGUCUUCCCAUACUGGGGAGUGUAGAUAUUCUUGUAAGCACUGCGAAGCAAAAUUUACUAGACCAAAAACACUCAUGCGUCAUCGCAAAUCCUGCAGCAAGGAACAUCCUCUGAAUACGCAACCAUUGAAACGCCAAUCACCGCUUACGGAGGGUCAGUUCCAGUGCGAAUUUUGCCCAAAAUCCUUCAAACACAGACCGUCGUUGAACUUCCACAUCAAGAGCCACUACGAAUUGUUGCCGUACGGGUGUGAAUUGUGUGAUGCGCGGUUUGUCAAUGACAAGGGGCUGCUUAUACACAGGGGAAAGUACCAUGCGAAUGUGCCAAAUGAAGGAACACCCGCCAGAAAAACGUCACCUGCUCCAAUGCAGCCAAAAACAGGUGUUCAAUGCGCAUAUUGCCCUCGGCGCUUCAAGGAACAACGUUAUUUAACACAGCAUAUUAAAUUCAUACACACCGCGAAAAGCGAUGAUGUAGAUGAUCAGGAAAAAGGCGAUUCUUCAAUGGCAGAGGGGUGUGCUUCGGAGCAAGACCAAGAUGAUGACAAUAUGGAAGCUGUAACGAUUAAGUUUGAAGUUGAGGAAAAUGAUUCGAAUUUUGAAGAAAUCAUGUAUUAAUUUUAUUGUUAUUAUAUGUUGAACUUUUAGCAUGUAAAUUUUUUUUU